AUGAUUGCGCAACCCUAUAUGAUGUAUCCACCACCACCAAUGGCUAACGCAAAUCCCGGCAUGUACCCAAUACCGAUGCCAAUCUAUCCACCAGGGCCCAGUGCUCAGAUAAAUUCAAAACAGACCUUUCCACCGGCAUAUAUGACAUAUUUAAGCCCAAAUCAAAUGCCAUUUCCCUAUAACCAAUCCACAGGAUACCCAACUGCUCCAAUGCAUUAUGGAAUGUGCAUGCCACCUUAUUCGCCAAAUGAUCUUAACGCUACAAGUCAUCCCGAUUUAGUUUCACAUUUCAAACCGGCAAAUACAUCGAGGUCUAGCGUUUCAAGUUUGAAAAGUAGAGAAUCAUUCACUAAUCUAGCUGUCUCAUCAGCGGUGGAAAUUGAAGAGAAUUCUCCACCACAUCAGACAGACGUAAGUACAGUAUCAAAUGAACUGAAAGAACUUUCUCUCUAG